AUGCACUACAGAACGAAAAGGUGUGGUCCACCAAUCGUCCAGGGCCGAUCUCACUUCAUCCAAGGAAGUGUCCGGGUACGAAUGGAACGCGCCUAUGAAUAGAGGUGGAGGGUGGUUUUUUUUUUUUCUCCCUCUUGUUAACUCCCCUCUUACUCCUAAUCAGGUUAGUUUCCCUGGGGCCUGGGACGGCAGGCGUGGCUGUGCCAUAUGCAUUCCCGCGUUGAUGACUGGUCAGACGAAGAACAGACAGGCUCCUUUGGGCAAGGAGCCGCGGUCGACGGUACGUCGUGUCUGUGGGCGGAAACGAGUGGGAUGGAUGGCUGAACACUCAGACACUGUGUACGUACCUAUAUUCGGUCUCUCAUCGCUGGUGCGCAACCUCCUUGGAAAGGUGGGGGCAUUCCCAGACACUCGACAGGGGGGUUGGUGACGGUUGGCAGGCCCCUUCUGGUCGUGACAUUUGCCCAACAGCACGUCAGGCCAGGCCUUGGAAGAAAUGGUUCGUCACAGCCAAACUCGCCCACGGAAUUAUUGACAUUCAUUCUUGGCUCUGUCUCUGGGUGCGUCCGACCUAACCAAC